GGGAAGGGAAGGGAAGCGGCAGGGAGGCAAUGGAUGAGUCUAAAGCCACUUGCGUCGCCCCACAGGCACUGGCGCGUGCUUCCCACCUUACACGGCCAGAACUAUUGCGGCGUCGUUUGGAGAACCUGAAGCGGCUUUCGAAGUGGUACAGAGAACUCUAUUGGGCUCUGAUACAUCAAUUGCAAACCCUCUACGGACACUAUCUAUGCCACUAUGCCCUCUCCCCUUUCCACCCAAUCACUCAUUUCGAUCUCGUCCUCUGCGCUUUCCUCGGUUGCAAAUUCAAGGCCAUGCCUUUCACCUCCUUUUGCCAUUUCCACAUUCUCUCCGAUUCCAGCCAGAAGCUUUACAAGCCUUGCAAUUACGUCAUCAAAACCGCUCAAGCUGGUCCUAUUACAUGUGGAAAACCUAUACUCAGAUCAGCGGUUCCAUCUCUCUGCCUUGUCCACUCUCACAAAGCUCAGAAGCAUCUCACUCGGACCUUCAAGCGCAUCGGUCUUAAUGUUUCCUCACCUGGUAAAAUUGCUCCCAAGUUUCAUAUCUUGGUCGCUGAAUAUGUUCAUCAAAUUCAAGCCAAAAGAAUAUCGGAGCUCAGGGAAAACAAAAAUAAAAUUCUGGUUAAGGAAGAAAAUUCUAGCUGAGCACUAGGAAAGUAGAUGCAAACUUUAGUUAUGAUAUU